AAAACGGCAGUCACUAGCCCGGAUGAAUGUGUUGACGAGGAUCGCGCUGACUUCUCGACAGAAAGUGAGAAAAAAAGGAAAAGAAAGAGCCGCACUUGCCCUGUUCCACCAUUGAGCCGGACCCGCCUCGAGCUUCGAAAAUAGCCCCAACAACAUCUGGUGCACGGAAAUGCCGCAGUGUGCGCGAUACCGACGUAACGUUGCUGCAGCUGUAGUCACUACGGUAAUCGCACCCAGUACAUUACCCUCUCACCUUUGAAUGAACGAUUGUGCUCAAAGGGACGUCUCGCUAUAGUAACCGAAGUCAAUUUUUACUGGAAGAGCUUUCGCGAUGAGUUCCACGGACGACCGAAAACGGCCCAGCCCGCAGGAUGUGUUCUCCACAGAUCAGGAAACAGGAAGCGAGCUCAGAGACGACGAGGGUAGACGCACGACUCGUAGGCGACGUGCACGCCUCGAUCCGAAGGAAAUCGGUGACAGGCCAUCAACGGCUGGACCUCAGGGCGAUGACGGCGCCAGCAACGCGUCAGACGAGGAGAGCGGCAACGGUCAGCACGUCAAGCAGCCGCGCUUGGGCAGCGCCGCCGACCGUCGUGGCGAGCGGCCGGCGGCAGCGACCACCUCCGAAGGCGGCGGCCCAGACGGCCCAGACGUGGACAGCGAGAUGGAGGACCCCACAGGGCUGGAAGGGGCCGCCUUCCAGAGCCGGCUCCCUUUCGACAAGAUGACGGCUCAGGAAGCGGCCUGCUUCCCAGACGUGGCGCAGGGCCCCCAGCAAACGCAGAAGGUGUUCCUGCACAUUCGAAACCGGCUCCUGCAGCUGUGGCUGCAGAACCCCAAGAUGCAGCUGAUAUUCGAGAACGCGCUCCCGCAAAUCGAACCGCCGUACAACAGCGACGCACCUUUCGUGAUGCGCGUGCACGCCUACCUGGAGCGCCAGGGGCUCAUCAACUUCGGCGUGUACGAACGCAUCCGUGGACCGCCGGCCAAAAAGCACGGCAAAGUCAUUGUCGUAGGAGCCGGCAUCUCGGGCCUGGCUGCGGCGCAGCAGCUCCAACAGUUCGGUAUGGAAGUGAUCGUGCUCGAGGCCCGAGACCGCGUAGGCGGUCGCGUAGCUACCUUCCGCAAGGGCAACUACAUUGCAGACCUGGGUGCCAUGGUGGUCACGGGGCUGGGCGGCAAUCCCGUAGCCGUGCUGAGCCGGCAGAUCAAGAUGGAGCUGCAUCGGAUCCGUCAGAAGUGUCCGCUCUAUGAGUCCAACGGCACCACAGUGCCGAAAGACAAAGAUGAGAUGGUAGAGCGCGAGUUUAACCGGCUUCUUGAGGCAACAUCUUACCUGUCGCAUCAGCUUGAUUUCAACUAUGUGCAAGGCAAGCCGGUGUCCCUUGGCCAAGCAUUGGAGUGGGUCAUAAAGCUUCAAGAAAAACAUGUAAAGGAAAAGCAAAUUGAGCACUGGAAGCUUAUAUUGGAGAUGCAAGAGAAGCUAAAGACAAACCAACAGCGCAUGCUGCAGCUGCGAGACCACAUUGAGGCCUUGCAUCAGCAGCACACAGAGCUUGCCUCUUCCAAGGCACAGCGUGAUGUCACGCAAGAAUUUGUUCUGCGAAGCAAGCAGCACGAACUAACUUGUGCCUGCAGGGAUUGGGACCAGCUUGUUGAACAGCAGAAAGAAAUAGAGGACAAGUUGCAAGAGAUGGAGGCAUCUCCGCCCAGCGACGUCUACCUCUCGUCCCGUGAUCGACAGGUCCUUGACUGGCACUUUGCCAACCUGGAGUUUGCCAAUGCCACUCCACUGAACAACCUGUCACUCAAGCACUGGGAUCAAGACGACGAUUUCGAAUUUACUGGUGCACACCUGACCGUACGUAAUGGUUACUCAUGUGUUCCUGUUGCCCUUGCUGAAGGGCUCGAAAUUCGGCUCAACACUGCUGUCAAACAGAUCCGCCAUGGAAGCACAGGUGUUGAAGUUCUAGCCGCUAACACUCGAAGCAGUGGUGGUCUUAUUAGCUUCAAAGCAGAUGCGGUCCUUAGCACACUUCCGCUUGGUGUCAUGAAACAAGCAGUUCAGGGCAACCCUAAUGUACCAAACACCGUGCAGUUCAUCCCACCUCUUCCAGAUUGGAAAGUUAGCUCCAUUCAACGACUGGGUUUUGGCAACCUCAAUAAGGUGGUGCUUUGCUUCGACCGUAUCUUCUGGGAUCCCAAUGCCAACCUUUUCGGACAUGUUGGCAGCACAACAGCCAGCAGAGGUGAACUGUUCCUUUUCUGGAACCUUUACCGAGCACCCGUGCUUCUGGCAUUGGUGGCUGGUGAGGCAGCUGCCAUUAUGGAGAAUGUGAGUGACGAUGUCAUUGUAGGGCGCUGCCUGGCUGUGCUGAAGGGUAUUUUUGGCAGUGUGCCACAACCGAAGGAAACUGUCGUGACUCGCUGGAGAGCUGACCCAUGGUCCAGAGGCUCUUACUCCUACGUGGCCACAGGUGCCUCUGGAAGUGACUACGACAUCCUGGCAACUCCUGUGACGCCACCAUCUGUGGUUCCAGGCUCCUCACAGCCACAAUCACUGCCCCGGUUAUUCUUCGCUGGUGAACACACAAUUCGUAAUUAUCCAGCCACUGUGCAUGGUGCAUUACUAAGUGGACUGAGAGAAGCAGGUCGUAUUGCAGAUCAAUUUCUUGGCUGUCCGUAUGCUCCUCCAAGACAACCUCAGUCGUAGGCAUUCCGUAGCGUUUAUUACACCAUCAUAGUUUCCUCAAUUGUAUUUAUGACUGGUAGUUUGUGUCGAUGGCUUCCCGGUGAAUUCCUGAUAAAGAUGUGUAGUGUGCAUCAUUGUGUAUCCAACAUGGUUUUUCAUGAUGCACUGUUGCGUAUUUGUAUUAGUACCUCAGAGCUGAUAAGCAGUAAGGCACAUCAGUUUCAAAGUUACACAAGCUACAGUCUUAAUAUAAACAACACAAUAUAUUUAAAAUGGGCUUAUGCAAUUGCGUAUUGAGGCUGUACCUCAGUAUGUGUUUUGAUUUUAGUUUGCAAGUGUUCUUGAUGAUUAGCACUUGUGUUGGCAUCAUAUAUUGACGGUAUUUUCAGCAACACACCAAGCAGGUCAUGACAUGUAGACAUCUUGAGUGGCCCCUUUUUUUCAUUACUUCAUCUUUUUCCACAAAACUAGCUUCAUUAAAAUGUGUGUCAGUUCUUGGGGAGCACGCAAAUGUUUGGUAGGGUCACAUUUGUGUUCAAAUGCAGUAUGAGCAAAAUAAUGUAUGUGCUGUUGGACAAGUCAAAACACUCUUCUUAGUGCAACUCUGGCUAUUUCUUGCUUUCUCACUCUUAAUAGUCCCCUAAGCCACCCUGAGCUUGAAAAUUUGAUAUGUAGUGUCAGCUGUACAUCUUCCACAGAAAACAUAUUGCUACAAUUGUUUUUGUUCUCUUCAAAAUAAUACCACAACUGCAAUACUGCAAGGUUACAGGCACUUGGUGAGCUUCAGAAUUUCUCAUUUAACACUGUUCCUCUUCCAUCUAGUAGUCAUUUCUGUGCGCUCCCAUGUCCAUUCAAUGUAGCUAAGGCUGUGGGUUCCAAAACACGGCAGAAAAAAGGCCCUCUGCUGUAUGCCCCUAAUUGUCAUUCAUGCAAUGAUGACUGAAAGGUAGCUUUGUAAGAGCUUCAGUUAUUUACACAGGGCAAGCCUGCCUCCAUUCUCAGAACAUGCAGCUGAAGCUUUUUGUGUAUUACUUGACAGGUUUUGGUGCACAUGCUAUGCACAGUGACCUGCUUGCUUCACAAUUUGUCAAGAAGCAACAUGAAAUGUUCCGACAGGAGCAUGAGAUUGGUCUUUGAACUUACAGAUGCUGUGUGGUUCAAAGCCUUGCGAUAUCCUUUUGUGCUCUCCCGUAUCAGUGUAGCCGGAAAGGAGGUUUCAACCUUCCCCAGAAAUUUUUUGGUUUUUCAUGUCUAAACAUACAUGCACACCUAUAAAUGUACACACUAAAAUACGUAAGGUAUGGCUGAACCCUCUCCCUUUUUCCUGAAAAAUAUUUCUAGAUACACCCCUCUAUGGUAGUCAUGGUAUUCUCCACACAAUGCACAUGUCAAGCUGUCAGUCUAACAGAGGAAAAUGAAUGUUGAGUGAGGCGGUUUAGGGGCCCUUUAACAAAUGCCAAACAUGGCUGAUAAUACCAGGCCUCAAUUAUGCCAUGAUUGCAUUCCAUUUAUCCUUCAUGUGCUUUAUUAUUGGCCUGAGUGGUCUUGCUUCUUUGUCAUAACCAACACAGCACGUCCUUUAUACCCUGUUUCAUACAUCAUAUGCAACGCUGUGGAGCCUAGCGAGACUUGCAGUCUAUGUGUUCACAACAAAAAACGGUUCAGCGUUCGUUCGUACCGCCAGUCACGGAAUUUUCUUGUUAUUACGGCAAGAAGUAAUUAGAGAUAUUUAACAGGCGGACGAGAACGACGUAGAGGACAGAGAGGAAGACGAGGCUGACAGACUCUGCGAGCUGGGCGCCAUCUUGUCCGCCACCGAGUUAACUCUGUGUGUCUGCCCAGUAAAGUUAUUCUCCCCGUAACAUUUUGGGUGGAAGGCGCGAGUUACUCGCUUUACGAAAGACGAAGUUUUGUAGAAGGCACCAAGUUGCCUCUUCCUUGGCGACCUAAAUUGCCCUUCUUUGACUAGCUUGCUUUCUCCAACCGGCCCAUCAACACUCAUUUUGGAGCCCUCAAGAGAUCCAGGUACCUUUUCUGGCACCGAUGGCGUUGACGUAGAAGCAUGGCUGAAGUCCUACGAGCGAGUGGGUGUAGGUAUGCGAUGGGACCCAACGUUCAUGCUGGGCAACGUGAUUUUCUAUCUCAGAGGCACCGCAAAGGUCUGGUACGAAACACACGAGAAAGAGCUGACUACUAGCUGGGAGUUAUGCAAGCAAAAUCUCCGGGAGCUAUUGGGCAGGUCCUGUGGGAAGUCAGUGCGCUGCACAAAACGAGCUCGCAUGUCUGGUUCAGACGUGCACCGAAUCUUACCUCACGUACAUUCAGGAUGUGCUCCCUUUGUGUCGAAAGGUGGACUCGCAGAUGUCUAAAGCCGAUAAGUUUCGCCAUGUUAUUAAAGGCAUAGCAGAUGACGCCUUCCACCUUCUUGUCUUCACGAACUCAUGUAUUGUCCAGGACAUCAUUUCUGAAUGCCGGCGCUUUGAAAAAGCCAAAAGCCGCCAUGUUCUCCACCAGUUUGCCCGCCUUCCUUCCAAACACGGCUGCAACAUCCACGUGUGAACAACCUGGCCUGCCUUUAUGGAAAGUCUCGGUAAUGUUGUCCGUAUUGUCUGUCGAGAAAUAUAAACCGCGGCUCUACUCGCGUCACCCUCCCCCAAAUGUGACCGCUAUCGCGUCACCAUCUCCCUCAACCAGACCGUUGUGAGGCAAGGAUUGGCCAGCGCCGGCUUGAACGUCAUCUGCUCCAUUCAUCAUCCAGACUACGCCUCACCAAAUCCACCGUCACUGUUCCGCCCAACCGACGUGUUUCUGCUACCCCACGUUAUCGCAACCCGGCGGACUGGCGCACACGACACGACCGGCCGAUAUGCUUCUAUUGCGGUCGUAUAGGCCACAUUUCGUGCCACUGCCGUGCUUGGUCCAACUCUGCUCCGUGGCCUCACCCUCCACCCUAUCGCCCACCUGCCUGGAAUUCACGCUCGUCACGGCAAGCAGUUCCAAAUGCCAGACAACUCCUCCGGCACUCGAUCCAGCCGCUACCCUUCGCCGCAAUGCACUUGGAAAACUGCAUCAUUUUGUAUGUUGUCAAGCUCUUCAAGAAAUGUUUUGGUUUUGGUGAUCAGUAUAUAUUUAUGACAAUUCACUUGAUGCUGCUGUGCUCCCCUCAUUUGUAAACAUUUAUUUAUGCUAAACUGGUAGUACUGAAUAUAUUGUAAGGUUGGUAUAAAAAAACUGCUAGGGACAUAGGUCAAAGCCAAGGUACAAGGCUAGAAUUUUUCACAAACUUUGUAACUAUCUUUGUAACUAUCUAUCUACAGGGCAGUUGGCAUUUUGUUUGCAACAAUCUCACACCUCAGAACAUUCUAUGCUACCAUAAAUAUUUGGACCAUGUGACAUUCAGUCCAGUAUAAACUGCCAGACUUGUUUAUUUUUAGGUACUAGAGAAAUACUGUGUCAAAAUUGCAUUUUGAUUUCAGUCAGCAUGCUUGAAAUGAAAUAAUAGUUUCAUGUCAAAGAAUCAUGGCUUUGUAUGAAUAGAAUUGUACUGUCAUUGUCAUGAGUAUCGAUUGAAUGCAGAAUCCGUUGCUGUUCGUGGGCUGUGAACUUUUAUGCUAUGAGCUGUUGUUAAAACAUUCCAAAAAUGACCUCCCCUUUCUACCCAAUCUUCACAUUAUUUGUGUUAUGAUACUAGUCGGUGCACUGCUUGCCGAUAUGACUGGUUAUAUUUCAGCUGACAAGGAAUCAGGAUAGACAUUCAGCAGUCACAUUUCGAAGUAUCUCAACCAUUCUCUGGUGUAGCAUUUUAAGUAUAGCAGGGCAUUGAUGACCAACCUCGUAGGUCGUAUAGUAGACAACACAGUCAUCUUAUGCCACCCACAGUGGUCAUCAACUGCUAUUGGCUGUUUACACAGAAUAAGACAUCUGUUCACCUGAAAGCCAGAGUAAAAAUAUUUCCAGUCAAACUACGUCGGUAAUCACCACAACAUAUAAAGUGAGUGUGGUAACAACAUGCUCGACUGCAGUCGUAUAUCCCCAAGUUGAAACACUCACUCAGUGUAAUCUCAUCUCCUUGAACAGGCAUCUAUUAUAUAGGACAAAGCACCAUUGCAGGUAUCAGAAAUGAUACACUUCUUCAUGCCUGUCGGCAUUUAAUGAUGUAUACAAGCUCACAAUUCGCUUGAAAUCAUUGUGCAAAGAGUUUAUAUUGGUGAAUAUCAACUUCUCAAAUCAUAGGCAAAUAUAAUGUCGUUCAAUUUGCAUGCAAGGGGUUUUUGGUAGGGGUGUAUGUGAAUAUACGAAAUUUAAUUUUUUUAUAAUAGUAUUUGUGAUUCGAUUCAAUUCACACUGCAAUUUUUAUUCUAAGUAUUCAGACUUCCCAAAGGACAAAUACAAUCGACGUCCAAUUGGCAGUGGCCCCUUCAAAUUUUAAUUAAAAGGGCCCGUCACACUCUCGUAUUGUGGCAAAGCUGCCUUUCAGGGCCUGCUAUAGUUGGAAAUGCAUUAGCUCUAGAAAACGCUGGUUCCGACAUGCAGAUGAUAGAUGUGGCAGAGGUGGGAGCUCAAUUAAUGUUGUAUUGGAUCUGAAAUUCGGACAGCACUUAGGUGGCACCAAGUCAUGUAUAUAAAUACUGUUCAGCCUCUGCGUUGCCUCAUUCUUGAUAAGACAACUAUGAAACACCACGCCGCCAUCGCUUCAUCAACCUAGCUAAAAAAAAAACUGUCGUGUUGCUAUUUCAUAAGAAUAUGCUCAGGAAUCUUCUCCAAUUUUCCGCCAUUUCGCUUCAAAGUGUUAAAAAAAUAUUCAGUUCUCGGACACAUUUCAAUAUUCAAAUUUGUUUUGCACUCAGAAUAUUGCUAUUUGCACACCUCUACUCUUUAGCAGUCUGUGCAUGUUUCAUGAUUGUGUCAUCCUGUGACUACCUUUGCCACAACCAUCAUGCCUAAAAGCGAUGAAAGCCUAUCUUUGAAUAGAUGUGCCACUAGAUGAACAAUCUUUGAAACAAACACACGUAUUACUAAAGCUUGUGCUAGCAAGAACAACAUGGCCAACCCCAUCGCAAUCGCCAUAAGUACCUCUACACACAAAGCUAGGACAAAAAAAAUGCAUCUACAUACGGCACUUGCAACACCGCUGUAUUCCAUUUUGAGUGCUGGUGCCCGUCGCAUGUGCACCAAUAUAAAACCUGUGCGCAAGCUGGUGAGAAAACUCGGCUGUAAUUUCCCACUUUAGCUGAGUGGUUGUUUUGUUUGCUUCUUAUGUGCAUUCCAUUAUCUACAAUUGAAGAUUGCUGGUUGUCUGGUUUCCAGAUUAUGAAGUUUUCAUAUAUAUAUAUGUAUACAUAUACUUCCUGAGUGUGUGUACACUGAUUGAACUCGAAACUGUGUGCCGAGCUUCCGAAUACUUCGAUGCUAGUCCUACAGCGUGAUAUUGUUGGCCAUGCCUUUUCAUUAACUGAACAGUGCAGAUCACUAUUCUUUAAAUGGUGUGGCUGUCUGCAAGAUGUUUGGCGGGACAUUACUAGUUAUUCCUGAAGACAUGCUCUUGUUAAGUUUCACCCCUUGUAGACAGUAGUGCAAUAAAACUGGUAAAGCAAGCAUUGUGUGUGAACAAUCCUCAUAGAUACUGAUGUUAGAAGAGUGUGCUUAGAUAAAAAUGCUGGGACCUGUAGAGAUGGUCUUCUUUAUACCCCUGGGAUCUUGUUUCUCGUGUGCAUGUUCUAGCUGCAAAUGUCGCUCACCAAGCUCUUUAUUGUGCACAGGUAUACGAACGCCGGAAUUAAAUUAGGCUGAAGAUGAUGGCACUUCCGGAGUUCUAAAUAUGCCACGAGCAGAACUUUUAUAAGCGAAAAUGGACUCUCAAGCUAAGUAAUGACAAGUGGUCAAAGGCAUUUACAAAUUUAUAAACCAGCUCCUUCUAUACUGCUUCGCUCAAUAUUAACUGGAGCAGUAAAUUCCAGUGGUAAAUUCUGGGAACAUUUUCUUACUCUAAAAGUUCGUAAUCAUGCAAAAAUACCAUAAGAUACGUGAUGGUGGUGUAGUUCGAGCAUGAAAUUUAUAAGUAGAAAGCUUGAGUUAUGUUCUAAUCACUGCAACUGCAAACAUUGAUGCGCUCACAGAAAAGUAUUAAUGGAGUUUUGGAAAAGCAAUCUGCAGUGUUGAAGCUGUUUUCUUUUUUACUGCUUUCACUUUGUGUCUCUAUAAAAAUGUUUUUUCAUCUGUCUUGUGCAGAAUAAAUGAAGUGUUUCAGAUGC